GCCAGCACUCUCCCUGCACCCUGACCCUGAUUGGCACCCUCAGCUGCUACCGGAAUGGAGGAGACGGUGCCCUCGGUGGAAGCCUACGAAGCAGCCAUGGUGCUAAGCGGGGUUGGGGAUGCACUUGGGUACCGGGGGGCCCGUUGGGAGUACUGCACCUCAGGAGCCCAGAUCCACGCUGAGCUGGCUGAGCUUGGGGGGCUAGAGGCCAUCACCCUGGAGCCCCCCGAAUGGCCCGUCAGUGAUGAUACCAUCCUCCAUCUCGCCACUGCCGAGGGCCUAGCCACAGGCCUGGAGGAUGAACUCCUCCUGCAGGAGUUGGCUCAUCGCUAUGUGACUGCCAUGGGUGACAUGGAGGGGCGCAAACCAGGGCCCACCAGCAUCCUGGGCACCUCGCAGCUGCGGCCUGGGGAACCCAAGGGCUAUUGCAUCCCCUUCAACCCCAGCGGCACUGGCUGCGGGGCUGCCAUGCGUAGCCUGGCCAUCGGCCUCAGGUACCCGCAUGCCUGGGAGCUGCCAACGCUGAUCCGAGUGAGCAUCGAAAGCGGGCGCAUGACCCACCACCAUCCCACUGGAUACCUUGGGGCGCUGGCAGUGGCUCUCUUUGGGGCACUGGGUGCUCGGGGGGAGCCCCCAGAGUGCUGGGGCGCCGAGCUGAUGCGGGUCCUGCCCCUUGCAUGGGACUACGUGGAGAGUGCUGGGGUGGCUGUGGCGGACAAUGCUGCCGCCUGGCCCUUCUUCGGGGACGUCUGGCACCGGUACCUGGAAUCCCGGAAGCUUUUAGAGGGUCACAGCCCACCACAGAUGCCAUCCCUUCCGACACCAGCCGAGCGGGAUGUGGCAUACCUGGGCUGGGCACUGGAUGGGUGGGCAGGGCGCAGUGGCCAUGAUGCGCCUAUGGUGGCCUUGGAGGCCUUGCUGACAGCUGGUGGAAGCUGGGAGGACCUGUGUGCCAGGGGAGUGCUGCAUGGUGGGGACAACGAUUCAACAGGGACCAUCGCUGCUGGGUGCUGGGGGCUGCGGUGGGGGCUGACGUCCAUCCCUCCUGGGCUCCACUGCCGCCUUGAGCACCGUGGUCGGCUGCGUGAUGCUGCCCACCGUCUCCACGCGCUGGCCUGGGGGAGACAUUGAGCCUCCCACUGUGUCCCUGGUGUCACCUGCUGCCCCCAUCCAAGAAAGCCCCUGUGAGUCCCCAGGGUGUAGCAGAGACCUUCAUCAACUCUUGGCAGAGAUUGGGAGGGUCUCUGGAGGUUGGCAGGGACCUUCACGGGGUGCUAGGGGCUCAGAAGGGUCCCUGGUGGUUAGCUAGGACUUUCAUGGGGUCCUGGAGGGGCUUGGGAGAGUCCCUGGAGGACAACAGUGACCUUCACUGCAUCCUGGGGCACUCAGGAGCACUUCAGGAGACCCUGGGAGGAAGCAGGGACUUUCAAGAGAUGCUGGAGGGCUCAGGCAAGCCACAGGGGGAUCACUGUAGCCACAGACAGGUGAUCUUUUAUCCCUUCACAGUUAGAGACCCCACAACAUCCCUGAGGAGCCUCAGUCACACCCCCACAGUAAAAAAGUGUCCUCCCAAGUCACUUUGUGUCUGAGUUUGUCCCCUCUGCCUCCUGUCCUGUCACUGUCACAGCUGAGAUUAAACACACCAAAGGUGAUGUGCCCCAUUGUUAAACAUUUUAGAGGGUGGGUGUCCUCUGGGAUGUUGGCCCUGGGAGUUAACCACCCUGAGAGUGAUGGGCCCAAGGGGUGAUGGGUCCCCAAAGUUAAUCACCCCAGGUGUGAUGGGCCAAAGUUGUGAUGGGUUCCAAGAGUUAACAACUCCAAGAGUGAUAGCCCUUGGGGUUGGUGGGGGUUGACAGCCUUAAGGGUGGUAGGCCCAAGAGAUGACUGCAAAGCAGAUUUCACAACCCCUUGGGCAACAGGCCCCCAUGGUGGUGGGCCUCCAGGGUUAAAAAUCCUGUGUGCCCUGUGCCCCAUAGUAAACCACCCCAUGGGUGAUGAGUGCCCUGGCUGAUUGGCCCCAAGUGUUAACCACCGCGUGGUGUUGGGCCUAAUGGUUGGUGGGUUUUAACUACCCUAAGAGGUGGUGGACCCCCAUGGUUAAAAACCCCAAAGCUGAUGGGUCCAAGGGGUUAUGGGUCCCAUGGUUAACCACCCUGAAGAUGAUGGGCAAAGGCCUGACGGCCUAACAUUGUUAAACACUCCAACAGUGAGGGGCCCCUGUGGAAAUUGGGUGCUGGGGUUUGCCAACCCAUGGUUGAUGGGUUUAGCUGCCCCAAGGAUGAUGGGAACCCAGAGUUAACCACCUGUGCUAGUUUUGGCUGGGAUAGUUAAAUUUCUUCCUAAUGGCUACUAUGGGGCUGUGGUUUUGAUUUGUGCUGAAAACAGGGUUGAUAACUCAGGGAUGUUUCAGUUAGGGCUGAGCAGUGCUUACACAGCAUCAAGGCCUUUUCUGCUCCUCAUGCUGCUCCACAAGUAAGUAGGUUGGGGGUCCACAAGAAGCUGGCUGGGGGCACAGCUGGGACAACUGACCAAGGGGAUAUUCCACACCAUAUGAUGUCAUACCCAGCAAUAAACUGGAGAGGGAGGAGGAGGCUCACAGGGGCUGCCAUUGUUUAGGGACUGACUGGGCAUGAGAAGGUGCCAGCCUGGAAACUGGAAGAUCUUGUUGAAGAUUGAGAGCUCUACAUAGAACCAGAAGCUGAGUGUUGGGGUGAGAUGUGGCACUGUCCUGCAGUGUCAGUAAUGACAUGAUCAUCAUCAGGGGACCUUGCUAUUGGUUUUGUAUGUAUUUGCAUAGAUGUCAUUAUUUUCUUAUUAAUAUUUCCAUCUUUCCUUUUUAUCAUUAUUGUUCCAUUAAAACUGUUCAUUUUUU